AUGCUCCACCAUCCUCGCUGUGGAAUAACUGACGUGGCUAACUUCUCUGUCUUUCCAGGACGUUCCAAAUGGAAUAAGCACAAUCUGACCUAUAGGAUUAUCAGCUAUCCAAAAGAUAUGAAUCCAUCUACAGUGAAUGACAUUAUUCAUGAAAGCAAUGUGACCCCCUUCAUCUUACAGCAAGUGAAGUUAGACAUCAAACUUUCUUUCUGGGAAUUGGACCAUGGAGAUGGUUGGCCCUUUGAUGGGCCAGGUCAUAUUGUAGCCCAUUUUUUUUUUUUUGUUUGUUUUUUACCAAACUCUGAAACUCCAGGAAUUAUCCACUUUGACAGAGAAUAUUGGUCAACUUUAUAGAAAGGGUUUAAUCUGGUUGCUAUUCAUGAACAGGGUCAUUCUCUGAGCCUGUGACAGUCCAUGAGUCAGAACUCCAUAAUGUACCCCAGAUAUAUGUAACAGAACCCUAGGACCUUCUACCUUGAUGUUGAUGAUAUUUAAAAAAUCCAGCAACUGUAUGGACAAAGAUGUUCAUCUCCAAUGCCCUGA